AUGUCAUCAUCAUCAUACGAUUCCAAUCCUAUUUUACAUGCUAAUAUUUUCUCUCGAUUUUUUCAUAGUUGGGUAACUCCUUUAUUAAAAAAAAGUCAUAAAAAUGGUGUAUUACAUUUAAAUGAUCUUUAUGAUCUACCAGCUCAUCUUCAUUCAACAGAACUUACUGAUAAACUUGAACAAAAUUGGUUUGAUGAAGUAAAACGAUAUCCAAAUAAUCCAAGUCUUAUACGAGUAACACUACGUACAGUAGGCUGGAAACCAUUUGCUUAUGGUAUUCUUGCAUUUUUAAAUGGAUUACUUCAAAUUAUUCAACCAUUGAUCGUAACAGUACUCAUGCGUUUCUUUGAACCGUGUUCUUCGAUGCCUUCAUGGCAAGCUUGGCUUCUUGCUAUGGCAACAAUUGUUGCUGCAUUAAGCUCAAGUCUUAUUAAUAAUGAGUAUAUUUAUAAAAUUGAUAUAUAUGCUAUGCAAAUCUUUAUCGCUUAUACAGGUUUAAUUUAUCGUAAAGUUCUUCGAUUAUCACUCUAUUCAAUGAAUAGUAUUACUUCGGGAGAAAUUACUAAUUUAUUAGUGAAUGAUGCAAAUCAAAUUCAACGUGUAGCAAUUUUCUUCAAUGAUAUCACAAGAAUUCUUCAAAUAACUGAUGAACGUUUAAAAAUAAUGUCUGAAAUAAUUAAAUCAAUGCGUAUUGUAAAAAUGUAUUGUUGGGAAAGAGCAUUUAUUCAAAAAAUUUGUGUCAUAAGAAAACGAGAAAUUAUUCAAUAUACUUUCUAUGCUAUAUGCAAGUGUAUUCAAGAUAUAUUUUCAAAUAAUUAUACUACGUUAAUUUUUCUAAUGAUGUAUGGAACAAUGUGGUCAUUAGAUAUAAGAUUGGAUACACGUUUUUUUGCUAUAUCUUCUUGUUUAUUGGGUUUUAUGAGAAUAUAUUGUAUUAAUUACUUUUCAUAUGCUAUUCGUGAUAUUUCAAAUUAUUUAGUUGCUAGAAAACGAAUUGAAGUUUUUUUAUUACUUGACGAAUGUGAACGAGAUAUUCGAUUAUUAUCAUCAUCGAAUGAAAUAGAAAUAAUUAAUAAUAUUACACAAGAGAAUGGAGUAUUUAAAUUACAAAAUAUUGUUUUUGAUGCUCAUCCAGGUGAUUUAAUCUGUAUUAUUGGAGCAGUUGGAUCAGGCAAAGUCUGUGAAAUUGGGUUUUUCGAAGGAAAAGUUCGAUUACAUGGAUCAUUUUGUUAUGUACCACAGGAAGCUUGGAUCUUUUCAUCAACAAUAAAAAAUAAUAUUCUUUUUGGUAAAGAAUAUAAUCAUAAAUUAUUUCAACGUGUUAUAGAAGCCACAGCACUUGACAUCGAUUUGGAGCAACUAUCUCAAGGUGUUAAUACUCUUGUUGGUGAUCAAGGUGUUAUGUUAUCUGGCGGUCAAAAAGCACGAGUGGAUAUGGCACGAGCACUUUAUCGCAAUGCUGAUAUUUAUCUAUUAGAUGAUCCUCUAUCUGCUGUUGAUGUUAAAGUAUCUAAACAUCUUUUUUAUAGAUCAAUCAAGGAUUAUCUUUGCGAUAAAAUAUGCAUUUUAGUCACUCAUCAAAUACAAUUUUUACAAGAUGCAACUAAAAUUAUUGUUCUCGAUCAAGGUAAAAUGAUACAAAUGGGCACCUACAAUGAAUUAAUUUCUUCAUCAUCUUCGUUUGCUCAUUUAUUGGAAGAUAUUAAUCAACAAGAACAACAACAAAAUGCAGCGAAUAUUCAACAACAACAAUCCAUAAUUAGUUCAACUUAUUCUGAAAAAGAGGAUAAAGAUGAAGUUAUGAGUAAUAUUGAUACGAAACAACAAGAUGCAAUUAAAUGGACUGUUUAUACUUCAUAUAUAAAAGCGGGUCUUGGUUGUAUUUUCGGUUUUUUCUUUAUUUUAUUACUUUUAACUGCAUAUCAAACAACAUUUAUAUAUAGUAGUUGGUGGAUAGCAACAUGGAGUGAUGAUGAAAGUCAUCGAUAUAGAAAUUUUAAUCAAUGUAUAUCAACUACUAUUGAAAAUAGAAGUCAUUUAUAUUCGAUGAGUAAUAAUGAAUGGUAUAUAUAUCGUAAUCAAAAAUUUUAUAGUUAUUGUAGAAUUGUUAUGCUACUAUUAAUAUUAACUUUUUUGCGUACUUUUGCAUUAGAAUUAAUGUGUUUAAAUGCUGGACGAGUACUUCAUAAUAAAAUGUUUCGACGCGUUAUUCGUUGUCCUAUAGCAUUUUUUGAUACAAAUCCUAUUGGUCGAAUUAUAAAUCAUUUUACUAGAGAUGUUCUUAUUAUGGAUACUGAUAUAGUUCUGGAUGUUCCAGAUUUUUUGAAUAGUUUAAGUUCAGUAUUAGGAACAGUUAUUUUAAUUGGAUUACUUAAUCCAUGGGCUUUUAUUCCAGCUUUUAUAGGAAUUAUUGGAAUGUUAAUUGUACGUUAUCGUUUUGCUCGAUGUUUUCGUGAUCUAAGACGAAUUACAGAAACAACACGAAGUCCAUUGUAUUCAUAUUUAUCUUCAACAAUUCAUGGAUUAAAAGUUAUUCGAUCAUAUCAUGCUGAACAAAUGUGUUCACAACAAUUUCUUUCGUAUCUUGAUCAAAAUAUUCGAGCUUAUUAUUUGACUUCAGUUGUUGAAAGAUGGUCGGCCAUACGUUUUGAUUGGAUCUCAUUUAUAUUUCUCGGUCUUGUUACAUUAUGUUCUAUGCUUGUACGCAUUUAUAAACAAGAAUUAUCAACUGCUGAUAUUGCACUUACUCUAUCUUAUAGUCUUAAUUUAAUGGGACUUUUUCAAUGGACAAUUAGCCAAUCAGUCAGAGUUGAAACUCAUAUGACAGCUGUUGAACGAAUCUUAGAAUAUUGUUCACUUGAACAGGAACCAACUGUACAACUUUCAUUAAACAAUCGACUAUCAAAUAAUUGGCCAUCACAUGGUCAAAUUGUAUUUCGAAAUGUAUCGAUGUCAUAUUCAAAUGAUGAUAAGACAUCACUUGUUUUACAUAAUAUAACAUUAACAAUUCAAAGUGAAGAAAAAAUAGGUAUAGUAGGAAGAACUGGUGCGGGAAAAAGUUCUUUAAUUCAAGUACUUUUUCGUAUGGGUAUACUUGUUAAUGGUCAAAUCGAAAUUGAUAAUAUUGAUAUAUCAACAAUACCAUUAGAUGAUCUUCGAAGUCGAAUAUCUAUUAUUCCACAAGAUCCAGUUCUUUUUACAGGUACAAUUAGAAAUAAUCUUGAUCAAUUUAAUAAUUAUACGGAUCAACAAAUAUGGAAUGCAUUAGAUCAAGUACAAUUAAAGACGUUAGUAAAUGAUACUAUGUCAAAUGGAUUAGAUUCAUUAGUUAGUGAAAAUGGUUGUAAUCUAAGUGUUGGACAAAAACAAUUAAUAUGUUUAGCAAGAGCAAUUUUAAAACAAACUAAAAUUCUUGUCAUUGAUGAAGCAACAGCUAAUGUUGAUAAUGCUACAGAUGAAUUAAUUCAACAAGCUAUUCGAGAUAAAUUCAAAGAAUGUACUGUAUUAACAAUAGCACAUCGUCUAAGAACAGUCAUUGAUAGUGAUCGAAUUUUGGUGUUGAGUAAUGGAGAAGUAGUAGAAUUUGAUACACCAUCCUCAUUAUUAGCUAAUUCAAAUUCUUAUUUUACUUCAUUGGUGCAACAAACUGGUUCAAAUGAAGCUGAAUAUCUUCGAACACUAGCAAAUCGAACGAAUAUGAACACGAAAUCGGUAGCACAAAAAACAACUACUGAUGAUGAUAUUAUACCAAUAAUGAACGAGAGUGAUCCUCUUUUAAUGUAA